GAUUGGCAGGAGAAAAUCCACAAUCCGGGUCGCGGUUAUAGCGAGGCUUCACCCUGAGUGGUCCCGAUGAGCUGCCGUAUUGAUGCUGUCACUGCUUCAAGCGCACUAGCAAGUGCACUAGAUCACAGUAGAUUCACUCGACUUGAGACUGCAAAACCGGAAGCAAUGCUACCUGCACUACCUGUGUUCAGUCGACCACAGCACGACACGAAGCUGCCCAUCAAAGGAUAUUCAAGUCCCAUUCGCGUUCUGUUCGAACGUGUAGUGCGGUGUGGGCAACGUUGGCCUCGCGCUCUACUGUUUAUAUCUGCGUUGAUUUACGUAUCUGCGCUGAUUACUUGGGCAUCUAACAACUCGGACAAGCACGACGCAACCCCAGUUAAGAUUUUACCAUCUGGGGAGGUGGUGCCACGACGUCUUCGGUGUGUUGCAUGGCGAGCGACUGCCAAGUGCAGACCAAACGGACCUCGAGAGCCCCAAAACGACAAGAAAUGCUCGGACUUCGUUGUCGGUGACGUGUCAGGCUUCUGUGAAGUGGAAGACAUUGAUACAGGGGAGCGAUUCCAAGUCAUGCGCCGACAUUGCAACAGUUUAAAGGGGAACAUUAAAUUCCGUUGUUCGGACGCUCGAACUUUCGUCAAUUAUCGUGUAGACGGGCAUGGCGCAGUUGCCAAGGCUCUUGUCCCUGGCUUCUCGUUGCCACACGUGGCUGAAAACAGCGAAGCUCCUCGCGAUGGCAUCGUAAUGGUAGUCUACCCAAAGUUGCUCGCCAGCGCCUACGCAACGGUCCGGGUUCUUCGCGAAGUAGUUAUGUGUCGCUUGCCUAUUGAGAUUUGGUUCCACGUCGACGAAAUCGGAGCCGACUAUGCGCUAUUGGUGCCGCUGCAGCAGCUCGCCAUUUUCGUUGGCAACGUCUCAUUCCACCCAAUGUACAACCCACGUGCAAAGGGAUUUCUAUCCAAGGUCUUCGCUAUAUACAACACCUACUUCGACCGCGUCCUCUUCUUGGAUGCAGACAACGUACCUGUGCGUGACCCAAGCUUUCUCUUUAGUACACCCGAAUUCAAAGCAAAUGGUGCUGUGUUCUGGCCUGAUUUUUGGCACCCGCACCGCACGCUCUUCAACUUGCACGCGCAAUCGAUGCUGUGGGAACUACUAGAUACCCCGUUUAUUGACAUGUUCGAACAAGAGAGCGGUCAGUUGCUGGUGGAUCGCACUCGACACGCUGCUCCGUUAGAACUCGUCUACUUUUACGCAUUCCACGAGCCUAAUUUCUUCGAGAAAUUGGAUGUUGUCUAUGGCGACAAGGACUUGUUUCGGCUUGCGUGGAUGAAACUCAAAGUUCCAUUUCAUAUGGUUGAGGCACUUCCAGCAAUGGCAGGCAGAGCAAUCAACGGCUCAUUCUGUGGUAUGACGAUGGCACAGCACGAUACUAAAGGUGAAGUGCUGUUCCUGCACCGCAACCAGCACAAGUUGACUGGGGAACGCGAUGAAAAGAUGGAAAAAGCAGCGUCAGAAAACACUGUCGUCCCUCCGGAUGAGGCCCUUGGAGCUCCACACCCAGACGGAUACCCAGAUCCAGUGAUCUGGACGCACUUGCUGUCAUUCCGUAAGGAUGCGAACCGCAAACUCUACACAAUCGACGCGUACCGAGCUUCGCCCGAGUUUCCGCAGUGGCAACCAUGCUACGGUCGGCGAUACGAGGAGCAGCAGAAAGUGUUCGAGCUACACGAGUUUGCCAACCUCAGCUUUGCCGGUAUCGAGACGGACAUUCGUCACUUCGCCUUGGAUGCAGCCCGACUUCGUCACGCUCAAAACGUAGCGUGGGUAGGAGCAAGUCCAAGCAAUUCUACAGCGUAG